AUGCCGUUCAAAUUUCUUGUAGAUGGUCAUGAAUUGAUUUGUUCGGAUGAAAAUGACUUCGAAGUUAUUAAAGAAAAAUUCAAAAAGGAAGUCACCGUAGACGAUCAAAAGAACUGGCAAACUGUGGACGAAAUGGUAAAGUAUACUGCUACAGACUUUAUCAAAAAAGCUCGACACUAUCUCAAGCUUUCUCCACCAGACCUUCUGCAAUCAGCCGAAAAAACUUGGUUAGCGGCUGCGUAUGCAGUGAAGGAACUGUAUUUAUCUUGUGGAAGAAUUAAUCCGAUGUCGCAUUAUUCAUUAAAGUAUUUCUACCAUUUUGCAAUUGAACAGUCUCCAAAAUCGUUUGCUGAAAAAUACAAAUUACGCCAGUAUUGGACGAAGGCCGAAAAAAUGCACCGACACGUUUAUGGCUCUGAGAGAUAUCAGUCGAGUACGUUUGAGCUAAUCAUCUCCCAAGUGGAGAAAUUGGUACAGGAAUUGGAACAAAUAGAUCGCGCAAAACUAUUGAAAUCAUUCGAGGAGGAUUACAUCAUCAAAAGUUCCGAUCCAACUGUAGUAAUCAAAAAAGAAGAUUGUAAAAUUACUUUAGGCGGUGUUGAGUUCAAUGUUGACUAUUCCGUUUAUGUGUAA